AAGACUUCACUCAUAACUUUUUGUUUAAAAAACUCUUCAAAUCUUAGCAUUUGCGGUCAGCAUUAUAUACGAGCAAUUGCAUAUCGAUAGCGAUCGAAGAGUCCUGGCAAAGGCAUAUCCACUAGACGGGAUUCUGAAAUAUUAUCAACUCUUGAAAUGAUCGAGUCUGAACAUUUUCAGUACGUUACAGUGGCGGAUAUUGCUAGGCACGUGUUUGACUAGGCAGGCGGGUUGCACGCCAUUGUCAGAACUCUUGAACGGUCUUCACCGUGUUUCUCCGCAAGCGCGAGCAACGAAUGGCGAGUUAUAUCAUGAACCGUGAGAAUAUGCACUCCUCCUGCCUUCAACUGCCAACACUGUCAAAGACACGAGGUCUUUCUCCAACAGAAUUUCUGCAGCAGAAUCGAGGGUCUGGUAACUUCUUACCUUGUUCGCACCAUGCUUCAGAGGGUCUAUUUCGACUGCAACUUGUAUGAAAUGACCAUUUCAUUCAGUUGCUACAUACGAUACAAGUUUGUGUGUUCUAGUAGGUGUGAGAUGAGUGUACGAUAAGGCGCAACCGGUUUUGCUGAGAAAGAUGAGUCUGAUCUUUGAUCUUUGCUGAUUGUCUUUCUAAGUGGUUAAUCACGUGGCAGCCCACGUUGCCAAAUUAUGUUCCAGAUGGUACAGUUUUCCAACAAGAAGUGGCUGUAGGGUUCAUAAACAAGAAGUGUAUGGCGUCUUUAUUCUCUUUCAUUAAAACGUGUAUUGUCUUGUCACCCUGUACAAUGUCGACACUGUGAAAUGAAAUUUUCAUUCGAAUCAUAUGCUGCAGGUAGAGAUGUUCAAGUUCUAUCGGAGAAGAAAUAACUUAGUAUCUAACCAAAAGAAUUGACACGACAGAAUAUUCAACUUCCAUAAUAGGAGAAAGAACAUAGCAGCUAAGGAGUUGGAUCUGCAGGAACAAGUGAUCAACUGUGGUGGUAGAAGAGAAGACAUGGAUGAUGAACAAAACAGCUACUGUUCCGAGACAGAAUCCGUGAAAUUUACGGCACAUUCACCGCCUUCGUCGGCUCGUGAGGACUCAGGAUGGAACGAGGAGCUCGGUGGUUCAAGCGUCCAAGUCUUCGCAACUGAACGUACGAACAAUCAAACAACUUACAUCAUGAAAGCAGCGACUGAAGAGGAGAGCACAGGAACUGUGAGCAGCCUUGAUAGCAGCUCGAAGAAGAAGGGAACCAGUUCAGUUACUCAGAAACGAAAGCUUUUAUGGCCGAGGAAAUCGGAUAGAGACCAGCAGGAUCCAGUCAAUGUUGCAAGAGGUAAUCGUUGGGAGAAAGCGUACUUUUCUGAUGCCUACCGCCAGAGAAAGUUUCUAAAGCUCAUGGGCGUGAGACAAUUCCCCGCAGCUAGAUGCAAUGAGCAAGACAUUGACUCAGAUGUGCUAUCGGACAAAGCGCAACGCACGUUAUAUCAGGAUCUUGAGAACCAGUUCGCUAUUAGCUUGAAGCGGGGAAGUGGUCAAACUACUGGACUAGGGCUGUAAAUUAUACUCAGAGAUCGCUCUUUCGAAAAUUCAUGGUCUGUUGUCAGAAUCUCUUGAACUAAAGCUCCAAAACAGAUGCGAUCUUUUUAAACGGUAGAAUAGUUCAUGUGAAUAUUCACUUGUGCAGAUGAAGGUUGUGAAAGUUCACACAGGUGAAAUCAUCAGCAAUGAAAGGUCUUGCCAAUGUUGGCCACAGGUUUUGUCAGUAGGGGUAAAACGGAAUUGAUCUGAAGCUUUACUUGGUAUUAUUAUCAGAACUGGUCUUCGAGGGUAUUUUGAUUGUCCAAUAUAAUCAUUUUGUUACGAGGUAUACGACUAUAAUCUUA